AUGCCUUCUCCCUUUGAGAAGGACGCCGUCGCUGGUGAUGGAGGAGCCAGCAUCCACUCCCAGGACCGUUAUAAUGCCAACAGUGACACCGAGGCCGUCUCAGCUGAUGCUCAGCAUGGUGUGCAGGCUGCCGAGGCUACCAACCAAGUCUGGAGCAAGAGCAGCUUGAUUGCGGCCUAUCUGCUUAUCUGGACUAUCGCCUUUGUUGAUGCCAUGCAGCAAGGCAUGGCUGGAGCGUUGACCCCAUACGUAACGAGCGACUUUGCUCUGCACUCUUUGACUGCGACUACCUCCAUCAUGUCCAGCCUUAUUGGGGGUCUGUCCAAGCUCACCCUCGCCAAGAUUCUGGACAUCUUUGGUCGCCCGCAAGGUUUUCUCUUCAUGGUGAUCCUCCUGACCCUGGGUCUCAUCAUGAUGGCUGCUUGUAACAAUGUUGAGACGUAUGCUGCCGCUCAAGUUUUCUACUGGGUUGGUUACAACGGACUCAACUUCACGACUGGAAUCUUCGUUGCGGAUACCUCUCAUCUCAAGAACCGAGCCUUCAUGUUUGCCUUCAUUUCGUCGCCGUACAUUGCCACUACCUGGAUUGGCGGACCGCUCGCUACCGCUUUCUUGAAAGGGCCCGGCUUCAGAUGGGGUUUCGGCGUUUUCGCCAUCAUCAUGCCCGUAGUCUGUAUGCCCCUCUACUUCUUGUUCGCAUGGAACUACGGCAAGGCCAAGAAAGCCGGCCUCGUACCCAAGACAGAAACCAACAGGACUUUCUUCCAGUCGGUGAAGUACUACUUCAUCCAAUUUGACGCCAUAGGACUCCUUCUUAUCACCGGUGGCCUGGCCCUUUUCCUCCUACCAUUUAGUCUCUACUCUUACCAAAAAGAGGGAUGGAGAUCCGCGCUCGUCAUUUGCAUGAUCAUAUUUGGUGGCCUCCUCAUUAUCGCCUUUGCUCUCUACGAGAAGUUCCUCGCCCCAGUCAAAUUCAUGCCUUUCGAAUUGAUGAUGGACCGGACCGUUCUCGGCGCUUGCUUGCUUUCUGGCACCAUCUUCGUCAGCUUCUACGUCUGGGACAGCUACUUCUCCUCCUUCCUCCAAGUCGUCAACAACCUGACAGUCACGGAAGCCAGCUACGUCGUCAACAUCUACAGCAUCGGAUCCUGCUUCUUCGCCCUGAUAGUUGGUGUGGUCAUCCGAUGGACCGGCAAGUUCAAGUGGCUCGCGCUCUACUUCGGCGUGCCCUUGACCAUCCUUGGUGUUGCUCUCAUGAUUGCCUUCCGUCAGCCAAACGUCAACAUCGGAUAUAUCGUCAUGUGCCAGAUCUUCAUUGCUUUCGCCGGUGGAACAUUGGUCAUCUGCGAGCAGAUCGCCGUCAUGGCUGCGGGGUCUCAUCAACAAGUCGCCGUUCUUCUCGCUGUGGAAGGCAUGUUCGCAAACGUGGGUGGCGCUAUCGGCUCCACUGUCGCUGGGGCGAUCUGGACUGGUGUUUUCCCGGUCAAGCUUCUCGAGCACCUGCCAGCAGACGCCAAGGGCGAUGUCGCGCUCAUUUACCAGAGCCUUGUAACUCAACUGUCCUACCCUGUUGGCUCUCCAAUCCGAAUCGCUAUCCAACAGGCAUACGGCGAAGCGCAAAGAUACAUGCUCAUUGGUGGAUCUACGGUGCUGGUCCUCUCAAUUGUUUCGGUCGCGGUCUGGAGAGACAUCCAGGUGAAGGACUUUAAGCAAGUAAAGGGUCUCGUCGUCUAA